AUGGUAUACAGCUUGCACGAAUACCAAUCGAAAGCUAGAGAGCAGCUAGCUCUCACCAAUAAAGUUUUGUCGUCGGAACAUCUUGCCGCGGACGCCGACAGCGCAUCAUUUGUUGCCCCCUUCACACCUGUAAUCGCAACACCUCCAGAGUUAAAAUCAGUGUCGGCGCCAGACAGCGAAGCCAAGUGGGUAUCUUUCGACAAGCCCUUGAUAUAUGUAUACGCAGGGAAAGGCCCAUGGGUUUCCCGUGACCUCAUGCAAUUUCCCGUUGCAUUACCGGAUGAUGGCUUGAUAGACAUUGUCGUACAGGAGCAAUCUUUACCACGGCGUGGUUUGCUCCGUGCCAUGGACGGUUCUGGUACUGGCCAACCGUAUUGGAUGCCCUCUCAACACUAUAUCAAAGCGCAGGCUUACCGAAUUGAACCAUGCUCACGAAACAAUCUUCUUUCCAUAGAUGGAGAACGCUAUCCGUUCGAGACAUUUGAAGUAGAGUGCCUGCCGAGGCAUGCAACAGUGCUGAGCCCGUAUGGCUGGUGGCAGGCAGAGUUUGCGCUGCCCGAGAGCAAUCCGAAAUAG